GAAACCUCUCUCAGCAAAUAUAUCACCUGCGAAUUUCGGAAUCAUGUGUGGGAAUGCAUUAUUUAUCGCAAUUUUCCUCGUUUUCCUCACCCCAUUUUCUCAUUCCGUGAGUUUCCAACUUCCGAGGUUCGGCUCCGACGUGAACCUCGUACUCCUCGAGGGCGACGCCGUCAAUUCCGUCGGCAGAAUUGAGUUCACCAACAUCGGCUACCUAUGCCGCGUGGGCCGUGUCAUCUACAACGGGAAGGUACCCCUCUGGGACUCCCAAAAACUCGCAGAUUUCGCCACUCAUUUUUCUUUCACAAUCGACACGCAAAACAGAGAACGCUACGGCAACGGGCUCGCCUUCUUUCUCGCACCGGUCGGCUUCCAAAUCCCGCCUAAUUCCGCCGGCGGCUACUUGGGCCUUUUCAACACCACCACUACCAACUCUAAUCAAACCCAAAUCGUCUCCGUGGAAUUCGACUCCUACUCCAACGAGGGGUGGGACCCCAAGUACGAGCACGUGGGAAUCAAUAAAAAUUCGAUUACUUCUUUGAUAACAUCCGAAUGGAACGUCAGUUUGCACAAUGACGAAAGAGCCGAUGCUUGGAUCCAAUAUAACUCUACUACGAAGAACCUGAGUGUCUUGUGGGGCUAUGGAGGUGGGCCCAAUUCAAGCCUUUCUUACGAGAUAGACUUGAAAGAGGUUCUUCCUCAGUGGGUCACCGUUGGUAUCUCCGCCGCUACGGGGACUCUCGUCGAAAAGCACACGCUCGCAUCAUGGGACUUCACGAGUACGAGUCUAGACAUAAACGAGACGGAUGGAUCGAAAAAAAGAAUCGGAUUAGUUGUCGGUUUAGUUUUGCUCGGUUGCGUUCUGAUUGCUGGGGGAGCGUUGGCAUAUGUGGUGUUGAUGAGAAAACGACGGGAUGGCUUCGAUGAGAGAGUGAAUCCAGAGGCAGCCGACAUGACAUCGAUGAUAAACGAUGAUCUUGCUGUGGGGCCAAGGAGAUUUCCGUACAAAGAUCUUUAUGCGGCCACUAAUAAAUUCUCGGAAAAGAGAAAAUUGGGAGAGGGGGGAUUCGGAGGGGUAUACAAAGGACACCUCAUCGACCUCGAUAUUCCAAUCGCUGUCAAAAGAUUCUCGGGGCGAUCCAAACAUGGGAAAAAGCAAUACCUAACGGAGGUGAAGGUCAUAAGCAUGUUGAGGCACAGAAACUUGGUGCAACUAAUCGGCUGGAGCCACGAUCAUCAUGGUGAGUUAUUGCUAGUUUACGAGUUCAUGUCAAACGGUAGCUUGGACCAUCAUUUGUUUAGGAAAGAUAACAUUCUUUCUUGGACCCAAAGGUAUAAUAUAGCGCUCGGUUUGGCAUCCGCUUUGCUCUAUCUCCACCAAGAGUGGGAGCAAUGCGUAGUGCAUAGAGACAUCAAAUCGAGCAACGUAAUGCUCGAUUCGAGCCUCAAUGCCAAGCUUGGCGACUUUGGGCUGGCCCAGCUUAUGGACCAUGGGCUCACACCAAGGACAACGGGCCUGGCUGGAACUUUCGGCUAUAUGGCGCCUGAAUAUUUGAGCAGUGGCAGAGCCAGCAAAGAGUCAGAUGUAUACAGUUUUGGGGUUGUGGCCCUCGAGAUCGCUACUGGGAAAAAAUCGAUCGGCCCGUUGAAUCAAGAGUCGAAUAAAAGUUUGGUGGAGUGGGUUUGGGAUUUAUAUGGGGAUAUGAAGCUUCUUUCGGGUGUGGACGAGAGUGUGCUAGCCAGUUUCGAGGCGGAAGAAGCCGAGCGUUUGAUGAUAGUUGGGUUGUGGUGUGCUCACCCUAACUACAGACUGAGGCCGUCGAUAAGGCAAGCUAGCCGUGUUCUCAAUUUUGAAGCGGAUUUGCCCAAACUCGAGAUCAAAAUGCCUGUGCCCGCGUUUAAUGCACCCGAAAGCCCAUCAGCUGGCUCCGAUACUGAGCCCUUUUCGAUUACUACCUCAAGUAUGAACACGGGUCGAUAAAAGAAAAUAAGAAGAAAAAAAAAAAACAAGUGAAAAGGUCAAAGUUUGCACUUCAAAAUUUGGAUGUUGAUGUGUGAUAAUAUAUGUUAGUUUAGAGUUUGCUUGUAAUAACUAAUAAGUACAAGUUGUGUUUUCCAUUUUGCCUACUUACAGCAGAUAAGAAGAUUCUUUCGAUUCAUUGAAAAGAUCAAACGAUCGUUUGUUAUAUAGUCCACUUGGUUCAUAUAAAUCACCGCCUCUAUCUAUUACGUUGUGUAAAAACGAGUAAUAAACUGUCUAUUCUAUG